AUGGAAACAGAUGAGGCUCAAGAUAUGUCCCAGGUUUCAGGAAAGGAAAGUCCUCCAAUUAGUGAUGUCCCAGAUGAUGCAGAUGAACCUAUGCCUGUACCAGAGGAUCUUUCAACUAGUACUGGAGGACAACAGAGUGCUAAGAAUGAGAGAGUCUUGGCUGUGUACGGGGCAGAAGGCUUUAGGGACUUUCAUGCAAUAAUUCCCAAAUGUUUUUCCCCUGGUAAUAUUAAAAUAGAGACUCAGAGUGAUGAAGAGAAUGGGCGUGCCUGUGAAAUGAAUGGGGAAGAAUGUGCGGAGGAUUUACGAAUGCUUGAUACCUCGGGAGAGAAAAUGAAUGGCUCACACAAUGGCCCAGGCAGCAAGGCUAUGUCAGGAGUUGGAGGCAUUCGACUUCCUAACGGAAAGCUAAAAUGUGAUAUCUGUGGGAUAAUUUGCAUCGGUCCCAAUGUACUCAUGGUUCACAAACGAAGCCACACUGGAGAACGCCCUUUCCAGUGCAAUCAGUGUGGAGCCUCCUUUACACAGAAGGGCAACCUUCUGCGCCACAUAAAGUUGCACUCAGGUGAAAAGCCCUUCAAGUGUCACCUGUGUAACUACGCCUGCCGUCGUAGGGAUGCCCUCACGGGACACCUGAGGACUCACUCGGUUGGCAAACCGCAUAAGUGUGGAUACUGUGGUCGCAGCUAUAAGCAGCGCAGCUCUUUGGAAGAACAUAAAGAACGCUGUCAUAACUACCUGCAAACCAUGAAUAUCUCAAGCAGCCUUUAUUCAGUCAUAAAAGAGGAAACUAACCAGAGUGAAAUGGCUGAAGACCUGUGCAAGAUAGGGUCAGAAAGAUCCCUCGUGCUGGAUAGACUAGCAAGUAACGUCGCCAAACGUAAGAGCUCUAUGCCUCAGAAAUUUGUUGGUGAGAAAUGUCUGCCUGAUCUUCCAUAUGAUGCAACCACCAACUAUGAGAAGGAGAAUGAGAUAAUGCAGACGCACGUUAUAGACCAGGCCAUUAAUAACGCCAUCAGUUACCUGGGAGCAGAGUCCUUGCGUCCCCUUGUCCAGACACCACCAGGUGGUUCUGAGGUGGUGCCUGUCAUCAGCCCCAUGUAUCAGCUCCACAAACCUCUCGGGGACAAUCAGGCUCGCUCCAACCAUACAGCUCAGGACAGCGCAGUGGAGAACUUGUUGCUGCUUUCCAAAGCCAAAUCUGUCUCCUCUGAACGAGAUGCCUCUCCCAGCAACAGCUGCCAAGACUCAACAGAUACAGAGAGCAAUAACGAGGAACGCAGUGGUUUAAUUUACCUGACAAACCACAUAGGUCCCCAUGCAAGAAAUGGCAUCUCUAUAAAAGAAGAAAACAGGCAAUACGAUGUCUUGAGGGCAGGUACUGACAAUUCCCAGGAUGCUUUCAAAGUGAUCAGCAGCAAUGGGGAGCAAGUGAAAGUUUACAAGUGCGAACACUGUCGAGUCCUUUUCUUGGAUCAUGUGAUGUAUACAAUCCAUAUGGGCUGCCACGGGUUCCGCGAUCCUUUUGAAUGCAACAUGUGUGGCUACCAUAGCCAGGACAGGUACGAAUUCUCUUCCCACAUAACUCGAGGGGAGCACCGUUUCCACAUGAGUUAAAACUGCUCCGGCACAGAUCCAGCCUCAACAGCUGUUACUGGAGCUGUGCGAGCCACGACAGCAACAAAGCACAAGUCAGCUGGACAGUAAAAGUAACAAAAGAAUCAAAAGUUCAGCUAUCUUCUCCCACAAGAAGAGAUUUUUCCUUUUGGCAGCAUGCAUUGCAACUCAGUUUUGUAAAAUGAGUACUAAAGUUUUUACUGAAAAUGUUUGAUCACCAAAAAGCUUUAGUAAAGUAAGUAGGAGCUUUUGUAGUCACGUAGUGAAAGCCCUUCCCUUAACUGAUGCUUCUUGCAAACCUCCCUUGCCAGAACUGUUAACCAUGCACAGGAUGCACCACGCAGAUGAGGAUGCAACAGACAGGAGUGGCCAAGCCUUCUCUCUAAACACGCUGAGCAUAGGGCUCUUACACCAGACGUAUGUGUUUUGACUUCCUGGUAUUAUUUGACUCUUCUGGGAAGAUUAAACUCAACUAAAGAUGGAGGGGCCCAUCUCGGAUGACUUCACAGAUGGUUGGGGUGGGACA